AGAAAAGCUGCGAUUGCUUUAAUGGUGCUUGCCCAAAACUAAAUUAUGAUCAGGCCUCUAGAUUUGUAUCGGCCGGCCAGAGUAAUGUAAAAUAUUGGGAGGUUUGACUAGUUAUCUUGAAGGACUACAAACUUAGAAUUGGAAGUAAGAUUUACGAAAAAAGAAUUUCAAAUAAACUACUGCAAGUGCUACUAAAAUCCUCCCAAAAUAAUAAGAAAAUAAAAUUAAUUAGUAGACUCUGAUCUCAAUAUCCUCCAUUACCCAUUUCUUCAGCAACACUUAAAUAUCUAUAAUAUAUAUUACUUGAGUCAAGAUCAAUCCCCUCCCCCACCUGUUUUUUUUCAUUCCAGCCAAAGCUUUCAGCUUUCAUCUCUCAGGUACAUGCCAUUUUGCCCAUUUCACAGUAUUUAUUGCUGUAAAGAUCAUUUGAAUUUCCAUAAAUCCGCAUGUUAAAUCAUCUUGUUCCCAGAAAUUGAUAUUCUUAGAUGAGUUCUCCACGAAAUUCAUGAUUUGUUAGAGUAGCUCUAGAACUGUGGCUGUUCUUUCUGCUGAAGCGAACCUCAGAAUUUUCAAAUUCUGUCUUGGAAGGACAGAGAUGCGAAAACCAAACAUUUUUAUGAAGUUAGGCGCGUGGAGAGGGGCUCGAAAGCCAUUCUUUAUAUUGGUUGUCUUUGCCAUUCUCAUCUCUGUUGCCACCUUAUCCAAAUUCUACUCCCUCAGAUCACUUUUUCUGGCUGAUACCUUCUGCCACCACGUAAACCAUGUGAGCAGCCAAACUGGAAGUACUGGAAGCGAAGUUAGGAUUACCAUCCAGACAGUUGUUCAGAAAAUCCAACAGGAAAUGAGUACGAUGAGAGAUAUGCGGACUGAAUCAUCCUCUUCGGCACUCGAUCUGUUGAGAUACAGUGCUUUUCUUGCUGAUAUCUUGGGGCUCAUUGAGCCAUUCAGUGAAGAAGCUCAUCAGCAGAACAGUGAAAACAGCACUGUCCAUCCUCUAGUAAAAUGGAAGCGACAACCCAAUGAAGCUGCUGAUUUUUUCUUCGUUGAAGAGAUUCGUAAGUAUGUCAAAAUGAAACCCAACAGAUUAGGAAAACAGAACUUCAUGGGAGCGAAUGGAACUUUCACUAGCAUUGGCCACGCUUGUUUUGACAUGAAGAAAGAGAUCGAAGAAUACAUGGAUUAUGAUGUUGGCGAAAUCUGCAAUGAUGACUGGAAACUAGCUCAAAAGCUGAUGGUUCAUGGGUGCGAUCCGUUACCAAGGAGGAGAUGUUUCUCGAGAGCCCCGCAGCUAUAUUGCAAGCCAUUUCCCAUCAACGAGUCCAUGUGGAAACUCCCUGACAGCAGAAAUGUCCGAUGGAGUCAAUAUCGAUGCAAGAACUUCACUUGCCUGGCAAGAAAUUCCUCUGGCAAGGGAUUCUUCAAAUGUACAGAUUGCUUCGACCUUUCUUCCCACGAAGUGCCCAGAUGGAUUCAACAAGUAAACUUGCAGCCAAAUUCGAAUCUGACUGCAGAUUUCCUUAUACCUGAAGUGCUUGGUAUUAAGCCCGGAGAGAUCAGAAUCGGAUUGGAUUUCAGUGUUGGAACGGGGACUUUUGCAGCGAGGAUGAGGGAGUUCAAUGUCACAAUAGUCUCAGCAAGUAUCAAUCUAGGGGCACCCUUCAAUGAAAUGAUAGCUCUUCGAGGACUUAUCCCUCUGUACUUGACAAUAAAUCAGCGGCUCCCAUUCUUCGAUAAUACUCUGGACAUGAUUCACAGCACAAGAUUUCUGGAUGGCUGGAUUGAUUUUGUGCUCCUGGACUUCAUAUUGUAUGAUUGGGAUAGAGUUCUAAGACCAGGGGGUUUGCUGUGGAUUGACAGCUUUUUCUGCUUGAAAGAGGAUCUGGAUGAUUAUCUAAAAGCCUUCAGGAUGUUAAGGUAUAAAAAGCAUAAAUGGGUUGUGGUUCCAAAGCUGGAUAAAGAUGAUAGAGAGGUGUUCUUUUCAGCUGUACUAGAGAAGCCGCCUAGACCUUUCAGAUAAGCACAUAAAUGGAGUGGCAUCCUGUGUUGAGGAUGAUAAUUUUACAUCUUUUGAUUUAUAUCUCACAGCCAUAAUAUUGUUGAUACUUCAAUAUUUGAUAUAUGGCAGCAAGCAUAUCUGGCUUGUUGUGUCUCCUUGAUAUUGUUGAUUCCACAAUAUCAAGGAGACAAGCCAACUUGACCUCUGCAAUCUUUCAACUUGAUAUUGUUGAAUCAGAUCUAUUGUCAAAUAAUACCAAGUGUAUUGCAAAAUAAUACUAGCAACUAGGUCUUCCCUCCUUUCUUCUCUCUAAAGGUGGUUGUCAGUGAGACAAGCCAAAAUUCUCUCACAAAUGAAACUAGGGUUUUGUGUAUUUUGCAGAGGAGAGGACCUAACCUAUAU